AUGUUAAUUGUUACAGUAUUCAUAAUUUCAUUGCUGAGAACUAUUGAGUCCCAGCAGGAUAACACAGGAAGUGAACAGUACAUUCCUCAAUCGGACACUCAAAACUGGGCUGCUGGUAAAAAAGUUGUUGCAACAGCAACGUGCGGAGAAAAUGUCUCAGAACCUGAACUUUUCUGUAAACUAACCGGAGCUAAUCCAGAUUUGGAAGGAGACCUCUCCGACCAUCAAGUCAUCCAGGGACAAUACUGCGACUACUGCAACCCCAGAAAUCCUUCACAAACUCAUUCAGCAGAGUUCGUGACAGACGGUACAGAAAGAUGGUGGCAGAGUCCUCCACUCUCAAGAGGUCUUCAGUACAAUGAGGUCAAUCUCACUAUUGAUCUGGCUCAGGAGCUACAUGUCGGAUAUGUUUACAUUACGAUGGGAAAUUCUCCUCGGCCUCGAGUCUUUGCAUUGGAAAGGUCAAAAGAUAACGGAAAGACCUGGACUCCAUGGCAGUUUUUUGCUGAUUCGGAAAGUGAGUGCCAACACCAUUUUGGAGAUUAUGAAUACAGCGAGAAUCUGGAUGCCGAUGAUUCAGUUCUGUGCACUACCAAGUUUUCUGACGUCAAACCAUUGGAAGGAGGCGAAAUUUACGUAUCUCUCAUCAACAAUCGUCCAAGCGCUGAACGUUUUCAAGAAUCCAAAGUGCUGAAAGAAUGGACGAAGGCAACGAAUAUACGACUGAGGUUGUUGAGAGUGAAUACACUGCUAGGUAGGCUGAUGGCCAUCAACCAACAGGAUGUCACCGUCACAAGAAGAUACUUCUACAGCAUCAAAGGAAUUUCAGUUGGAGGCAGUUGCAUUUGUAAUGGUCAUGCCAGAGAAUGUACAAAACCUGAUCCCAAGAAUCACUUGAAAAAAUUGUGCGAAUGUCAGCACAACACUUGUGGAGACCACUGUGACCAGUGUUGUUAUCCAUUCAUCCAGAAGAAAUGGAGACCUGCCGAAACACAUUCCAACAACGAAUGUGAACGCUGUCAAUGCAACGGUCAUUCGGACACAUGCUACUACAGUGAAGAAGUUGCCCAAAACAAAUCCAGCCUCGACAUUUAUGGGAAUUACGAAGGUGGAGGCGUCUGCACCAACUGCCAGCACAAUACAGAAGGUUGUAUAAACUGUCAAAAAUGUCGAAGAGGCUACUACAAAAGGGCAAAUGUGCUCAUGAAUGCUCGAAACGCCUGCGCCAAAUGCAACUGUGACACCAUAUUCUCUUCUGGUGCAUGUGACGAUGAGACAGGCAGAUGCCAGUGCAAACCUGAAUUCUCAGGACCUGAUUGCAGACGAUGUAACGAAGGUUACUUUGGCUACCCUCGCUGUCAGCCGUGCAGAUGUCACGUUAAUGGCACCAGAGACAAGGUCUGUGACCCGUCUGGAGGCGUGUGCCCUUGCAAGGAAAACUACGAUGGGCCUAACUGCGACCAGUGCGCACAAGGGUUCUACAAUUUUCCAGAAUGCAAACGUUAG